AUGGCGGAAUCUUCCAAUUCCGCCGGGCCAGCUGCCCAGGCCAAAACCACCACAAAGCCUCCAAACCCAGUAUGGCGAAUGAUGGGCAUGCCGAACUUCCGCCUGAGACUCCCCUCCCGCAAUUGGAUGAUCUUCCUCACCAUCACCGGCUCCUUCACCGCAGCCCUGAUCUACGACCGCCGAGAGAAGCGACACGCGCAGCAAAAAUGGUGCGAUCUCGUCGCCCAUCUCUCCAGAGACACCCUCCCUGUCGAGCAGACCCGCCGCAAGGUUACCGUCUACCUCGCCGCCCCCCCCGGUGACGGUCUUCGUGUCGCCCGCGACCACUUCAAGGAAUACGUGAAGCCGAUCCUCGUCGCCGCCGCUCUCGACUACCAGGUCAUCGAGGGCCGGAGACAGGGCGAGAUCCGCGCCGCCCUGGCCGAGCGUACCCGCAAGCUGCGCCGCAAGGCCGGCGAACCCUCUAGCGUAGUCGACGAGUCCACUUCCACCGAGGACGUUAUCGCCGACGCCCGCUCCCGCAUCGGCGUCACCGAGGAGCCCGGCCCCAAGGGCGAUCUGGUCAUCGGCCGCCACACCUGGAAGGAAUACAUCCGCGGUCUCCACGAGGGCUGGCUCGGCCCGCUCGACCCCCCGCUGCCGCCCGUGCCCGUCGAAGCCACCCCUGCCCCCGAGACGGACAGCAGCACCACCGGCUCGACCGACGAUGCCCCCGCCCCCGAACACACACCGGAGAAGACCGACACCCCGGAGGAAAAGAAAGACGAGAAGCCCGCCAAACCCACCGGCCCGACGCCCGCAUAUCUCGCCCCCGCCGAGUAUGCCUCGCGUGAAUUGCCGCCGUCGCUCCCGCCGUCGCUCGACGGCUCCGUGCCCGUGCCCUUCCCGCAUAUCCUGGGUUUCCUGAACACUCCCAUCCGGCUCUACCGGUACCUCAACCAGCGCGCUCUCGCCGAGCGCGUGGGCCGCGAAGUCGCCGGCAUUGUGCUCGCGGCGCAAGCCCGCCCGUACACAGACGGCUCGUCGACGGCGGGCUCGGAGCUCACCUUCGGAGAUGGAGGUCUUGAUGCGACCCCCGCCGCUGUCUCGGCCGACGGUCUGUCGUCUGGGAACUUCGAGCAGCAAAGCGUGCUCGAGGAGGAGGAGCGCGAGUGGCACAAGUCCGUGCUCGAGGAGGAGGAGCGCGAGUGGCACAAGUCCGUGCACAAGAAGGAUGAGGCGAACCCGGACAAGGAGCGGGAGUGGGUGGACGAAGUCGUGAUGGAUCCGCGCAUUGCGUCCCGCAUGCAGCGCUACGUGCUCUCUUACGACGAUGAGGAGCGCUCGCGGCGCAUCGCCCAGGGCAGCGAGUACAUCCUUGGCGAGGAACGCCCGGCGCCCGUGCCGUUCUGGAAGCGCAUGUGGAUCAAGUAUGGCUACGGUGAGGACGAGGAGACCCUCAAGCGCAAGCCGAUCAUUGGAAAUAUCGACGAAGACAUCUAG